AUGGCCGUUAACCUGCAAUUUCUACGGAUGUUCCGUAUAGUGGUGCUGUUCCUGUUGCUACAGUCAACGGUGGCCACUCAUUACCGUCUGCUCGUGUUGCAUACUAACGACAUGCACUCUCGGUUUGACCAGAUCGACGCCACCGGUGCAGAAUGUGUCGAGGCCGGACAGCCGUGUUACGGUGGUUUUGCACGGCUCAAGACCGCCGUCGACCAGGAGCGCCGACUUGCCGACGCCGGCACCGCUGACGGCGCGCUGUUCCUCAACGCCGGCGACACGUUUCAGGGCACCGCGUUCUACACAUUACUUAAAUGGAGGGCCGUCGAGCGCAUGGUCCGAACACUCGGCAUUGACGUUAUGUGUUUGGGAAAUCAUGAAUUUGACGACGGUGUGGAAGAUCUUGCGAUGUUCAUACGAAACAUAACCAUUCCAGUAGUAGCUUGUAAUCUCGAUCUAACCAACGAACCGUCUUUGGCCAAUGAGCCAAACUUAAUGAAAUCAAAAGUUCUGACGGUGAAUGGUCGUAAAAUUGGAAUUAUUGGAUACUUGACACCGGAGACAGCGGCCAUAACACGAGUGGGCAACGUGAAAAUAAUGCCAGAAAUUCCAUCGAUUGUGGCCGAGGCGAAACGUUUGAAAAACAGAGGAGUGGAUAUUCUCAUUGCGCUGGGACAUUCUGGUAUAGAAAUGGAUACACAGAUAGCCAGAGAUGUCGAGGACAUCGAUUUGGUGAUUGGUGGACAUUCACAUACGUUUUUAUAUACAGGAAAUCCACCAGAUAUCGAUAAGCCCUUCGGCUCAUAUCCUCUUUGGGUUAAACAACCAAACUCUAAAAGAAAGGUGCCUGUCAUUCAUGCAUACUACGUUACCAAAUACUUGGGUGAAUUAUGGCUAGAUUUUGAUGAAAUCGGCGAAAUUAUCAAAUGUCACGGGAACCCGAUUUUAUUAGAUUCCAGUAUUGGACAAGAUACCGAAGUAUUAAACGAAGUAAAAAUCAUGAACAAGGUGAUCGAGGUCAAGACUAAACAAGUGAUUGGUUCGACAAGCGUAUUCUUAGAAGGAAUUAAUGAAUAUUGUAGAUUCAGAGAAUGUAACCUGGGAAAUUUCAUAACGGACUCUUUUAUAGAUUAUAAUAUUCGAAACAAUAUUAAAUCGUUUGAUUCGACAAAAUCCUGGACCGACGCACCGAUAGCAUUGUUACAAGCUGGCGGCAUACGGACAAACAUGAAUAAUAUAAAUAAAAGAGGUAACAUCACUUUUGGCGAUUUACUGUCAUCGCUGCCGUUUCAAGAUGAUAUAGGUAAAAUUACGACUAAGGGUUCAGACAUUUGGACAGCUUUUGAGUACUCCGUUCGACGGUAUAGUAAAACGGUGGCCAAUGGUGAAUUUCUACAAGUCUCAGGAUUAAAUGUUGUAAUAGACUUUGGUCGGCCCAGUGGCGAUCGAGUACAAUCUAUUUACGCUAGGUGUGGAAAUUGCGUUGUGCCGAUGUACGAGAAAUUGGAUUUAAACGCCAAUUAUACGAUAAUUAUCAGUAAUUAUCUUUCAGAAGGCGGGGAUGGUUUUUCGUUCAAUAAAGUAAUAAAAUACCAGAGUUUUGGUAAAUCAGAUUUGGAUAUUGUGGAAGAACAGUUUCACGCAAGGUCUCCAAUAUGGCCGGAAGUUGGUCAACGAAUAGUGCUGCUUAGAGCGGAAGAGUUGAACAAGAUGCAGACAACUAGCAGAAAUGUCCAAUUCAUUUACACACCCUUGUCGAACUUUAUAAUAUUUUUGUUGGUAAUCGCAAUCAUGUUGUAUCUACCCGACCAAGCGCUUGUUAACGGGGGUAUCUGA